ACAUACAACAUCAAAGCAUGGAAACCAAAAGAAAGAUGAUCACAAGAUAUGGACGGCGUGUUCGUGCGCGAGUAGAAUUGACAUUAGAUUCCUCUAUGGAACAGAGCAAUUCAGAUGGUUGUAAUGAGGACCCUUACGAAAAUGCACCCAAGCAGAAGAAACCUCGCAUUUUGUCAUGCUCCAGCAAUAUGAAUAUAACGCAUACUAGGUUGCAAUCUGAUUCAUCUUUGGAGCGGAGUGAUACAAAUUGCAGUCCCAAGCGGGGACGCUUCAGUAGAAAAGAAAAGAAAAGCGAAGUCCUUAUAUUUCUCGAUCUGCACAAUCCAAUAGCCAUUAUAAAGUUGGAGCCCAUAGUAUCGGAUCAUGAUGAUGAUCUUAAAAUAAUGCUGAACAACUUUUUAGGAAUUUUACCAUCCAAGCGGUAUCUCUACAUUCCUGAAGCUGUGGGAAUGGAUAAGACAAAGAGGUCGCACAAUAAUAGCCACAUGGAACCAAAAGCUAAUUCUGAAGACCCAGACACCUUAAUGAUUGAAAAUUUGAAAUAUUUUUGCAAAAACGCAUCGGAUCCCAUUCAUGAUAGUCAGCUACUUUCUAAUAUCAAACAAGAUGGGAAAUUUCGAGUGUUCGUUGAGCAACAUCCCCACUUAUGCAAAUUCAUUGUAUCGAUGGAUUACAAGAGCUAUUUAGCCAUGUGCCAGGUGGACUCCCUUUAUCAGGGGCGAAGCGAUUUUGGCCAACACAAAGAGGUGUUGGCUCAGAUCAUUUUUCAUGUGCUGAACCAUAAGAUUUUCAACGAUGCUCUCAAGCCAGAGAUCAAGUGGAUGAGCAAGAUGAGUAAUCGAAGCACGUGCGUCCACACUAUUGGGGUAGGCAGUGGUGGUCAACGGGAGUCCAAGAUUCUGCUAUCCACAAAAAUUACUCACGUGGGUGUGCUCAUCAAAGCGAUGUUUCACGAGAUGUGCCACUCAGCCGCUUUCGUCUUUGAUGGAGAGACGGGCCAUGGAGAAUAUACUCGCAAGUGGGCCUCAAAAGCCAAAUCUAAAAUGCCAAGGCUGCCAGAGAUUGGGGAAUGCGCCUCCAGCUAUAAGUACUGCUGCACUUUUUGUCGACGCCACUCCUAUGGCAACAUGAAUUUCAAGCAUCAGUUGAAGGAGUUGCGAUGCCAUUUUUGUCAGUUCGAGUUAAUUGUGGUGUCCACAGACGAUGCUUUCUGCCAUACACUAACAGAGGAGAUUCCGAGAGCCAAUAAGUACAGUGAAUUCAUAAAGAAACACUACUUGCAGGCAGCCGAACUAGGGCACACAGACAAGAUGAAGGAACUAAAUGCACUCUAUCUGUCCACUCUCUAGCUGUUUUUUCGGCUCAAAGACAAUUCAUGACGCCAGCUAAAUGCUUUUAUUUUGUUACCACUUUCGGAA